AUACGUAUAUAUAAUACGUAUAAUAGUAGCUCAUAAUAGCGAGCUAUUUGUUUUACAUGCAGUACAUGUAUUUCAUUUCAAGUCUAGACGGUUCAUCUUCAUAACGAGAAUGGAAUACCUUGUAAAAAAAUGGAAAAUGUGGUACAACUCUCUGGACGUCAACCAUGAUGGCAAAGUCUCAGUUCAGGACGUGCAGGAAUCAAAGAACAAAUUCACCAUCUUUCACGAGCUGGUUGGAGAAAAAGCCAAACGUGUCCAGGUCAAUUUCGAAGACUGGUGGAACAAAUACAUCUUUGGAACUGGGGCCAAAAAGGAAAUAUCGGAAAGCGAGUUCGUCGAGAAGUUAACGGAAGCUUACAAAAAAGACAAGGCUGCCUUUAAAAGGGAAAUGCAAGCAUGCUUUGAUUGCAUCUUUGCAGUCCUGGAUGCUAACAAAGACCGCAAGAUUGACCUGGACGAAUACAUUAGAUCAUUCAAGGCUUUUGGACACGAGAACGAGGCUCUGGUAAGAAAGAUAUUUUCUAUGUCUAAUGUCAACCCCGAAAAUGAGGCGUUGCCUGUAAAAGACAUCGUCAGUGCGUGGGUUACGUUCGUCACCGAGGAAGACAGCGAUGUCAAAGACAUCAUCAUGGAAGCAUUCAGCGAAGGCUUGUAAACAAACAUUUUUAUUGUUUAUAUGUCUUAUUUUCAAACUCUUCUUACUUUGUACUUGACAGUAAACUUCAAACAUUUGGCGCAAUUGGUUCAACGUCCGAAGUAAGAGUUUCCUUUUCAAUAACUAGAGUUGGGCUCAAGAAUAUAAUGCCGCCACAAAGACCAUAUGCCGACACAAAGACCAGGGAACGUUUUGUUUCUUUUUAGAACCAAUAAACCAUUCUAUGAAACACC